AUGCCAACUAAUAUUGUAACCACGCAGAACGACUCAUCCCAGGAAGAUAAGCUGCCGGCUUCCAUGUUCAAUGACAAAGGAGACAUGGUCAGGCCAGCGACCGUCUUCCGUAACUUUAUCUCUCGAGAGCCAGGAGCCCGAUUUCCUCCCGAGAAGGGACGAUACCAUCUCUACGUCUCGUAUGCUUGUCCUUGGGCUCAUCGAACGCUCAUCGUGCGCAAACUCAAAGGUCUCGAGGAAGUGAUCUCUGUGACAGCAGUGCACUAUCACAUGAGCCUAAGCACAAGCUGGCGGUUUGUUGAGCCCGGUGAGGAGGUGGAGUGGCCCGAGUUGACAACUCCUGAUCCUCUGCACAAGGGUUUCUGGGGAACCAAAGCCUUGUACUAUCAUGCAGAUCCCAAUUAUUCGGCCAGGUUCUCAGUGCCCAUUCUUUGGGACAAGAAGCUUGACACGAUCGUCAGCAACGAAAGCAGCGAGAUCAUCCGGAUGUUAUACUCGGAGUUUGAUGAUCUGCUGCCCCAAGACAAGAGGUCGGUGGAUCUGUACCCAGAAAGUCUCAGGGCAAUCAUUGAUGAGACCAACAUAUGGACGUAUGAUGAUAUCAACAACGGUGUAUACAAAUGUGGCAUGGCCCAGAAUCAGGAGGCAUAUGGUAGAGCGGUGACGAAUCUGUUUACGUCGCUCGACCGGGUUGAAUCUCACCUGUCGACACACUCAGGUCCCUACUAUUUUGGAGAGAAGAUCACCGAGGCAGACGUGCGGUUGUAUGUCACCAUUGUCCGAUUUGACCCAGUCUAUGUUGCCCUGUUUAAGACCAACAAGGGCAUGAUCCGUUACCAAUACCCGUUGAUCCAUCGCUGGCUGAGGAAUCUGUACUGGAACGUCCCCGCGUUUAAGGAGACGACCAGCUUUGAGCAUAUCAAGUUUCACUACUUUCGAAGCUUAACUAUGGUCAAUUCUGGGGGCGUUGUACCUGAAGGUCCAAUUCCACAUAUUUUGCCAGUGGAUGCAUAAAGAUGGGGACGGCUACUAUCAAGCUGUGAGGCUUGAGGUAUGUUGAGGUAUGGGGACGAGGGUCGAAUGAAAGAGAUAUAAAAGACGCCUGCAUAAUCACCGGGACAUGAUAUAAUUGUCCAUGAGGUGUCGUGAGAUAUCGAAGUGGCAUAGGGUGAUGGGUUGGAAUAGUUCUAGUCAAGGUUAAUAAAUGAAGCCAGAAGCAGGAACUUCGGAACACAACUCCGGCGCAAGCGUGGG